GUCGCGGGCGGUGGGGGAGGAGGCCCGACAGAGGUUGCGGCGGAGGCCGCGGGCCGGUGACUGGGUGCGAGGCGGCCGGCGGCGGCACCACCACCAGCACCACCAUGUCGCGCUCCGUGCUGCAGCCCAGUCAGCAGAAGCUGGCGGAGAAGCUCACCAUCCUCAACGACCGGGGCGUCGGUAUGCUGACUCGCCUCUACAACAUCAAAAAGCAAGGACAAGUUUGGAAGGCAUGUGGAGAUCCCAAGGCAAAACCAUCCUACCUUAUUGACAAAAAUCUGGAAUCUGCUGUGAAAUUCAUAGUCAGAAAGUUCCCUGCUGUAGAAACUCGCAACAACAAUCAACAGCUUGCACAGCUACAGAAAGAAAAAUCAGAGAUUCUGAAAAAUCUGGCAUUAUACUACUUUACAUUUGUAGAUGUUAUGGAAUUUAAGGACCAUGUUUGUGAAUUGCUGAACACUAUUGAUGUUUGCCAAGUCUUCUUUGAUAUCACUGUAAACUUUGAUUUAACAAAGAACUACUUAGAUUUGAUUAUAACCUAUACAACACUAAUGAUACUACUGUCUCGAAUUGAAGAAAGGAAGGCAAUCAUUGGAUUAUACAACUAUGCUCAUGAAAUGACCCAUGGAGCCAGUGACCGAGAAUACCCACGCCUUGGUCAGAUGAUUGUGGAUUAUGAAAACCCUUUAAAAAAAAUGAUGGAAGAAUUUGUACCCCAUAGCAAGUCUCUUUCAGAUGCACUAAUUUCUCUUCAGAUGGUGUAUCCUCGAAGGAAUCUUUCAGCUGACCAGUGGAGAAAUGCCCAACUAUUGAGUCUCAUCAGUGCACCCAGUACAAUGCUUAAUCCUGCACAGUCUGACACCAUGCCUUGUGAAUAUCUCUCUUUGGAUGCAAUGGAAAAAUGGAUUAUCUUUGGCUUCAUUUUGUGCCAUGGGAUUCUAAAUACUGAUGCGACAGCCCUGAACCUUUGGAAGCUAGCUCUUCAAAGUAGCUCUUGCCUCUCUCUCUUUCGGGAUGAAGUUUUCCACAUUCACAAAGCUGCAGAAGACUUAUUUGUAAACAUACGAGGCUAUAAUAAGCGUAUUAAUGACAUAAGAGAAUGCAAAGAGGCAGCUGUGUCACAUGCUGGUUCAAUGCACAGAGAAAGACGCAAAUUUUUAAGAUCUGCACUGAAAGAAUUGGCUACUGUCCUCUCUGAUCAACCUGGCUUGCUAGGUCCAAAGGCACUUUUUGUUUUUAUGGCAUUAUCCUUUGCCCGUGAUGAAAUUAUCUGGCUACUUCGUCAUGCAGAUAACAUGCCAAAGAAGAGUGCAGAUGACUUUAUAGAUAAGCACAUUGCUGAAUUAAUAUUUUACAUGGAAGAGCUUAGAGCACAUGUAAGGAAAUAUGGACCUGUAAUGCAGAGGUAUUAUGUGCAGUACCUCUCUGGCUUUGAUGCUGUUGUUCUCAAUGAACUUGUGCAGAAUCUUUCUGUUUGCCCUGAAGAUGAAUCAAUCAUCAUGUCCUCUUUUGUUAACACUAUGACUUCCCUGAGUGUAAAACAAGCAGGUGAAAAAAGGCAUUUUGUAAUUAAAAAAAAACAACGACAACAAAGAAACAUAAUGAAGUGUAUAUGUGGUCCAAGCAUCACCUGUGACAAUAUUGAAGAUGGGGAAGUAUUUGAUUUCAGAGGAAUGAGAUUAGAUUGGUUUAGGUUACAGGCAUAUACUAGUGUUUCCAAGGCUUCACUUAGCCUUGCAGAUCACAGAGAACUUGGAAAGAUGAUGAAUACAAUAAUUUUUCAUACAAAAAUGGUAGAUUCCUUGGUGGAAAUGUUGGUGGAAACAUCAGAUCUCUCCAUAUUUUGUUUUUAUAGUCGUGCUUUUGAGAAGAUGUUUCAACAGUGUUUGGAGUUACCCUCUCAGUCAAGAUACUCAAUUGCGUUUCCACUGCUUUGCACUCAUUUUAUGAGUUGCACACAUGAACUAUGUCCAGAAGAGCGACAUCAUAUUGGAGAUCGCAGUCUUUCCUUAUGUAAUAUGUUCUUGGAUGAAAUGGCCAAACAAGCUCGAAAUCUCAUCACUGAUAUUUGCACAGAACAGUGUACUCUCAGUGACCAGUUGCUACCCAAGCAUUGUGCCAAAACCAUUAGUCAAGCAGUGAAUAAAAAGUCAAAAAAACAGACUGGUAAGAAAGGGGAACCUGAAAGGGAAAAACCAGGAGUUGAGAGUAUGAGGAAAAACAGACUGGUAGUGACCAACCUUGAUAAAUUGCACACUGCACUUUCUGAGUUGUGUUUCUCUAUAAAUUAUGUACCAAACAUGGUAGUUUGGGAACAUACCUUUACCCCACGAGAAUAUUUGACGUCUCAUCUGGAAAUCCGCUUUACUAAGUCAAUUGUUGGAAUGACUAUGUAUAAUCAAGCCACACAGGAAAUUGCAAAACCAUCAGAGCUUCUAACAAGUGUAAGAGCAUACAUGACUGUACUACAGUCGAUAGAAAACUAUGUGCAAAUUGAUAUUACAAGAGUGUUUAAUAAUGUUCUUCUUCAGCAAACACAACAUUUAGACAGUCAUGGAGAACCAACCAUUACAAGUCUAUACACAAAUUGGUAUUUGGAAACUUUGUUAAGACAAGUCAGCAAUGGUCAUAUAGCUUAUUUCCCUGCAAUGAAAGCAUUUGUGAACUUACCUACAGAAAAUGAAUUAACAUUCAAUGCAGAGGAAUAUUCUGACAUAUCAGAAAUGAGGUCGUUAUCAGAACUACUAGGCCCAUACGGUAUGAAGUUCCUAAGUGAGAGCCUUAUGUGGCAUAUCUCAUCACAAGUUGCUGAACUUAAGAAACUUGUGGUAGAGAAUGUUGAUGUGCUAACACAAAUGAGGACCAGCUUUGACAAACCAGAUCAGAUGGCUGCACUCUUUAAAAGAUUAUCAUCUGUUGACAGUGUCUUGAAGAGGAUGACAAUAAUUGGUGUAAUUUUGUCCUUCCGAUCAUUGGCACAAGAAGCACUUAGAGAUGUCUUAUCUUACCACAUUCCUUUUCUUGUAAGUUCAAUUGAAGAUUUCAAGGAUCACAUUCCAAGAGAAACUGAUAUGAAGGUUGCAAUGAAUGUAUAUGAGUUAUCAUCAGCUGCUGGAUUACCUUGUGAGAUUGAUCCUGCCUUGGUGGUAGCUCUCUCCUCACAAAAAUCAGAAAACAUAAGUCCAGAAGAAGAAUAUAAAAUUGCCUGCCUCCUUAUGGUCUUUGUGGCAGUUUCUUUGCCGACACUGGCUAGUAAUGUGAUGUCUCAGUAUAGCCCGGCUAUAGAAGGGCACUGCAACAACAUACAUUGCUUGGCUAAAGCCAUCAACCAGAUCGCUGCAGCUUUGUUUACAAUUCACAAAGGAAGCAUUGAAGACCGACUGAAAGAAUUUCUGGCGCUUGCAUCCUCCAGUCUACUGAAAAUUGGCCAGGAGACAGAUAAAACAACAACAAGAAAUAGAGAAUCUGUUUAUUUACUGCUAGAUAUGAUUGUGCAGGAAUCCCCAUUCCUGACAAUGGAUCUUUUGGAAUCUUGUUUUCCUUAUGUCUUGCUGAGAAAUGCAUACCACGCUGUCUACAAGCAAAGUGUUACAUCUUCCGCAUAAAAUAUCUACUUAUUGAAGACAAGCACGCAUUUUUGUUGCUUUGGUUUUACCUGUAAACUGUGGAACUGUUUUACCUUGAGGCCUGAAAAGCAGUUUUGUGGAUUAUAAAUUUCUUUCCUACGAUUGUAUUUUCUGAUCAUUGGUUUCAUUUAAUAUGGUUGUACUACAGUAUACUUGGUUGAUUUAUUAGCUUUUCCCUUCACUGAAUUCACUAAAAUUAUUCCUAUAAUUUUAGAAUAUCAUUGUUUGGAAAGCAUACAUUAUCUCUAUGUUUUUGAUAUUUGAAAAUGAAAAAACCCUUUGCUUGUUUAUUUCUGAAAAAGAAUUGUAUUUAGUGAUUAUUUUAGAUAGUGAUAUUAUAGCAUUCAUCUGUGUGUAAAUUAUUUCAUAUAGGGAAGAGUUCUGAUCUGUACCUAUGGUUCUUAUUGAAAACAAAACUGGAUGUGCAUUUCUGUGAUGUUAUGAAUACAUUUCUACUUUAUUUUGAAACAUUUGCCAAACUAAAUACUGUAACACUAUAUAACAUUAAAAAUGUUAAAGGACUGCUUAGCAUUAGAAGCAGACUAUGUCGGAAAUUCUAAAACAGCAGCAUAUGUUGUUGCUUGUAUAAAGCCUGGUGAUAAUUUUUAGACUAACUUCCAUGGUGCCCUACUGGCAUUAGCACUACCAUUGUACCCUGCUGUAUAAUAAACAAUCUUAGACAUUUAUCAAUUGUUGAUACAAAUGUUAGUCCCUAACCACUUUUUAUAUGUUUUAAAUUUUUGAAAUUCAAGUGUACCUGCCAUAACAUAAAAUAAACACUAGACUGUA